AUGGUCCCGCUUCCUCCUCCCACGAUUCGGCUGCCCUGCUCAGGAGUCGCGUUUGCACUCCUAGCGGCCCUACUUGCACUCUCAGCUCGAGCAGCACAGUGGAACAACAGUUGUCCUCCGCUAUUUUUGGCACGAGAUUAUGAACGUGGUCUUGCGUCCUCUAGUACACAUACGGCCAACAUCUCGCCAGCAGGAGAUGCACAACAAGGAGUCUCUGACUUAGAUGCAAGCACGUCGCCAGGAAGUGAAGGCGAUCGCCACCAUCGGGAUCAUGAAGAUGACUGUAAUGAUUAAGGCUCUUGCGUUAAUCCAUCUCACCUGGAACGAAGCAUCCUAGCUUCUCAAGGGCAAAGAAAAGGGUUCUGGGAAUGGGAUGAUAGUAUCAAGAUGGAUAACAAGGGUGAGCUCUAUUAAAAUGAAGACGUUGAAGACCGGACAGCAGAUGUUGAAGAUGUUGAGUUUCAACAUGCUUCGCCUGUGGUUUCGCUUGUUGAGGAGAAGGAUCUCGACGACAGGAUGGAAAAUAGAAAAUAUCUUCAGUUAAGGCUCAAAAUUAUAUUUCAUUUCUAUAAGUCAUUUCUCGCAAUUUUCUUUUUGGGAAUCUGAAGAAAUGAACGCAAGAAAUGAAAUGUUUUGACCUCAUCUAAUUCAGGUUCUUCGCGACGAUCAUCAAGCUUCUCCUUGUUGCAACGACGACAGGAUGAAAAAGAGGAAGUAUCAAGAUCUUCUAGCUUUUUGCAACCUAGGUCGUACUAUCAGUCAAGAGGAUCGGCAUUCGGGGAAACAUGCGAGGCAACGUGAAGCUGUCACCCACUCCUCGGCCACUGCCGUCUCGGGUGGUCCUGAACAUCACCAGGCAGUAGACACUUUGAAUAGAUUUGAUUUCUCUUAAGGGUAGGUUAAAGGUGCUUUUCUUACCGCUUUUUAUGCCUCUCUCCCUUAGGAUGAGAAAGGCAUAACAAGCGGGGUAAGCGAGCACCAAAAACCUACCUCUAAGUUUUCUCCGCAACAUCCUCAUGGUCCGACGGUCUGGGCGGUCCUGUGACUGGUCGUGGUGGAGGCAAUGCAGAAGCCGUGGAGUGGCCGCCCGAUCUGGAUGCAGCUCGCCUACUUCUGGGUUCUCGUGGUCUGUGGUGCUGUUCUCCUGCUGUGUGCGAUUCUCAACUGUGCCGCCUCACUAAUAGUAAUCUGUGCGUUUGUUGUUCCACUACAGAAACAGAGUCUGGAUCGUGUGAGGAGUAUCUGCAGAGUAUCUCCUGCUACAGUAGUAGCGCUCCUACAGAAGUAGAGCUUCUGCAGAGUAUUUGUAUUCCAAAUACAAGAAUAGAAGACGGAGACCAGCUCCCUCGCAUCGUCGAUGCUCUUGAGUUGGAUGCCAUGAUCAAUGGAGAUGGGCACCACUGGACAAGUAUUUCUUUUGAGGGUAGACAUGGACAUCAUGGGCACCACUGGACAAGUACUUCUAGGACAUCAAGUACUUCUGAUAUUAUGGUCAACAUUUAGUGUCCAUCUUUCUCGGCAUCUUGGUCCCCUUUUGCCUUGAAAAUUCUCAUGAAAUACGAGGUACAAGGGGUCAAGAUGAGGGGGCCGACCUAGAGGGGAGGUUAAAGCAGGCGUUCUUGAUGUUGCCGUUUGUUAUAGCUCUCCUAAGGGAGACAGGCACCAUAAGAAACGGGAUAGACGAACACCAAAAAGCUACCGCUAAUUCUAGAAGUGCUACGACAAGCAUGGGCGCGGUAUGUGAUGGCGACCAGCUGGCAUUGGAGGAGAUCACAGAAAAAGGCGGAAUCGGAGACAAGAAGUUGCGGAUUAAAGAUGAAGCCGCAUCGCGGCCUUCGCUGUUCCCGCAUCUUCAAGUUCACGUACUACCCUCGCAUCAAGUACAACUCCCCACUACUUCUUCCGCUGGUGCUGCUUCUUCUUCGCUGGGACAAAAAUCCUUCCUUGCGCGUGGUUCGGCAGGAGGUGCGUCAACAACAACGAGCAGUCCUACUCGGUCAGGCGCACCCCACCGCGUUCAACUGCAUCAAAGCUACCGUGGUGAGGUCCGCGGAGUCGGGCCCCCGUGGAUUGAUUCGCUUUUUGCUGGCCAAGAUUCUAUUGAUUGCGAAAUGAUCCGUCGAUUGAUGACUCGCGAGGAGCUUCAAGCGCGAUCGACCUUCGCGGUUACUUCUCAAAUCCAUGAACGGGAUAAUGGUGGGUGUAGUCUGCACUUUCAUCGUGCUGUGUGGCGCGAACUCGCUGGCGUGCCGCAUCGACUGGCAGGCUUUCACAAGGUUCCGGGUGCCGCGGCAAGCUCAGUCCUUUGUCCAACACCGAGGAGGCCGAUCCUGCCUAUUUUUCAGAAGAAUCCACCUCGAAAGAGCGACUUGGAACUGCCUUGAGACCAGUUGCAUCUUCUUCAGAAGACUCGGAACUGCCUUGAGAUCAGUUGCAUCUUUUUCAGAAGAAUGUUGCCGUUUCUUUUGCCUCUCCUGAGGGGGAAUGGCAGUGCGAAUGAGUUAUGAUCAGAACAAGGAGUUGUAGUAGUUGUAGCUGUUCAGAUUGGAAUCUUUUGUAGUCUGUUAAUGAUUUUUUGUGGAAACUAGAACUACUUUAUUCUCCCUCGAAAGCGGCUACUAACCAGCUUAGCCUGAUGGAAAGCCAGACCGAUCACCAAGCCAGAAUGGACUAAGAUGCAAAAAAGCGCAGACGAAAUUAUCUGUAUCUGCAGUUACAAAAAUGAUCCUCCCAUUCCCUUUGCUGAGGCUGCCGUGAUACGAGACGCGUUGAAUUUACAGCCGGACAAGGAUUUCUAGAAGCUUUCUGGAAAAGGACAUUCCAUGCAGCAGGCUUGUCCGGAAAUACUAAGAAUCUUCCCGUACUGGCUCGCAUGUAGCAAAUCCAAGAAAUUCAAAUCGUUCAAAGUGAAGCAUCGUCUAUCAUGAUGUAGGAGUUGUUCCACUACGUGAACUUCUUUUAGGUAGUUUGUACUACUUUUAGGUAAAAGUUUGUACAAAGUUAUAGACUGUUGCCAAUUCCAUGGGAAUCAGGUCUAUGACUGGGAAUCAGGUCCUGAGGCUAAUGCUAGGAAUCGACCCCACCUGGUCCCCCUCCUGCUCGUCGAGAAAACAUUAAGUCUUUGCUUUUCUCCUGACUGAUACUACGAGCGCUGAGAGAAGAGAAUGCGUCUCGUCUAAACACUAUACGACCUGCCCUUCACCUACAUGCUGCUACUUGAUCAGGGACAAACUUGGACUACUGGCGUUAUCCCUUCAU